UCCUGAACGGCGGCGGUGGGGGCGCGGGAGGCGGCGGCGGAGCGGGGGGCGGCGAGGCGGAGACGAUGUCGGAGCCGAGCCCCGAGAGCGCCAGCCAGGCCGGGGAGGACGAGGACGAGGACGAGGACGAAGAGGAGGAGGACGAGAGCAGCAGUAGCGGCGGCGGCGAGGAGGAGAGCAGCGCCGAGAGCCUGGUGGGCAGCAGCGGCGGGAGCAGCAGCGACGAGACGCGCUCGCUCAGCCCCAGCGCCGCUAGCAGCAGCAGCGGGGAUGGGGACGGCAAGGAGGGCCUGGACGAGCCCAAGGGACCGCGGGGCAGCCAGGGUGGCGGCGGGGGCGGCAGCAGUAGUAGCAGCGUCGUCUCCAGCGGCGGCGACGAGGGCUACGGGACAGGGGGAGGCGGAAGCAGCGCGACCUCCGGGGGCCGGCGAGGCAGCUUGGAGAUGUCGUCGGAUGGGGAACCCCUGAGCCGCAUGGACUCGGAGGACAGACCUAAGGACCGCUCUAACUCGGAAACAGUCCCCAAAGUAGGCCUAGAUCCUCUGGCGGAGCAAAAGCGGCCCUUGAUGUACACACCUCGGUGCACAAGCAUAAGCAGUACUAUAAUGGAUGUAGACAGCACAAUUUCCAGUGGGCGUUCAACUCCAGCAAUGAUGAAUGGACAAGGAAGCACUACUUCUUCAAGCAAAAAUAUUGCCUAUAAUUGUUGUUGGGACCAGUGCCAGGCUUGCUUCAACUCUAGUCCAGAUCUGGCAGAUCACAUCCGUUCCAUACAUGUAGAUGGUCAGCGAGGAGGGGUAUUUGUUUGCUUAUGGAAAGGUUGUAAAGUAUAUAACACUCCAUCAACCAGUCAGAGUUGGUUACAGAGGCAUAUGCUGACACACAGUGGAGACAAACCUUUCAAGUGUGUUGUUGGUGGCUGCAAUGCCAGCUUUGCUUCUCAGGGAGGGCUAGCUCGCCAUGUACCCACACACUUCAGUCAGCAGAACUCCUCAAAAGUUUCUAGCCAGCCAAAGGCCAAAGAAGAAUCUCCUUCUAAAGCUGGAAUAAACAAAAGGAGGAAAUUAAAGAACAAACGACGACGCUCAUUACCACGACCACAUGAUUUCUUCGAUGCACAAACACUGGAUGCGAUAAGACAUCGAGCCAUAUGCUUUAACCUCUCAGCUCAUAUAGAAAGUUUAGGGAAGGGACACAGUGUUGUUUUUCAUAGUACUGUAAUAGCUAAGAGAAAAGAGGAUUCUGGAAAGAUAAAACUUUUGCUUCAUUGGAUGCCUGAAGACAUUCUGCCUGACGUGUGGGUGAAUGAAAGUGAACGACAUCAAUUAAAAACUAAAGUAGUUCAUUUAUCAAAGCUACCCAAAGAUACUGCCUUGCUUUUGGACCCAAACAUAUACAGAACAAUGCCGCAGAAGAGGUUGAAGAGAACUCUGAUAAGAAAAGUGUUCAAUUUGUAUUUAAGCAAACAGUGAACGACAUUUGCAAUCAACUAAAAAUUCGUCUUUCGAAUUAGGGCUGAAAAUUUCUGUUAAAGAGUGUUGCCGUAUGUCUGGUCGCUCCCUUUUCAGGACUAGGGUUUUCUCAUGGAGUACAGUAUGUUAAUAUUUACCUAUAUAACUAAUCUGUUAACGGUUUUUGAAAAACCUCUAUUUCAAAUAUUUGAAUAGUCAUAUUUUAUUUUAAACCUGCAUAAGCCUCUAAAAUUUUUUUUUCUGAGGAAAGCAUUUCGUUUUUUAGUUAUUAACGCAAGAAAAAUUGUAUUUUUUUUCUCAAAGUAUCUUCAAACUGAAUCCUUUAUGCACCAAAGUUGGUUUUGAAAAGGAAAAUAAAAUCACUUUCUUGCUUGGUUAAGCAAGAAGCCAUAUGGAUUUUUUUUAUCUUACAGAAAUGGAAAUAUGCGUAACUUGUUAGUAAUGUAUCAAACAAAUGUUGCGUAGAGAUAAUAGAACAUUGCUUGUAAAUAAUUCAGCAGAUUUGUAAUAUAUUUUUAUAUUAUGAAAUGUACUGUAGAUGUUUUUCUAGAGGCAUGAAAGUUAAAUGUAUAUAUUAUGGGUAGAAAUAAUAUUGAAGGAUAUUGUAAUUCACUAGUGCUGCCAGAGGAAUUGUUAAUAAAGCACCUUCUUUAACAAUAAAUGUCUUUUGCAGACUUAAGGGACUAUGAACUACUGUUAAUAUCUUUAAGAACAAAACACAUUGAACAUCCUUCCAGAAAGUCUUGAGGGAGGACCUAUAUCCAUAAUAGAAUUAUGGCACUCAUUUCUGACAGUGACUGUGAAAUCAAUUAUUUCCUUACUGUUGGAAGGACAUAUUGUAAAGUAUGUGCUUAUAUGCAGUCAAACUGCAGAAAAUACUCCUGAUUGAGGAGUUUUCACUUUACUACAGUAAUAUGAAAACCAGCAAUUUUUACACUAAAUUUUUUAAAGAAAGAAUAGACAAAAUUACAGAAUUAAGCCUUUGGUUUCAAAAUGGGAAAGGUUCCAUGAUACAUAAAUCAUUUCUCAUUUACUUUAAAAAAAUUUAAAAAUAAUAAAAAUUAUGGGAGACUUUAUUCGUUAACAAUGGGGAAAAGAGCUAUAUACAUGAAAUGAGUCAUAUAAAAUGAAGUGCAAAUAAAAGCACUGCUAUUAUAAGACAUUCUGGAAUGGUUGUUUAAUAAGGGUAUUAUUCAUAUGAUCUGUAGCAAAUGUGAUUUUAUUUUUUAAAAAAAGCAGUGUGUUUUCUUUUUGUUUUUUGCUUAAGCACUUCGUCAUUUGCUUUAUUCUGUAUCUACAAAGUAAUCUGCAAUCUCCUUUGUUCUUUUAAAAUUUUGAUUUGUUAUAAAAUUGCCAAAUAGAAAUGUUUUCAGAUAUAUAGUUUGUACCUGUAUUUUUUAUUUUAUUGCCUCAUGUUCUUGUAAGUCAUUCUUAAUUGACCGAUGAUUGUAGACCUUGCCUGAGUAUUUUUUCUAAUAAAACAAAAAGCAAACCACUUUAGCUUCAAAAUUGUAACAAUUCAAUUAAAUUUUGCAACGGCAUCUGAAAUAAUCAUCAAACAUUUUCUUUAAGGGCACAGCAAAUAAAUUAGUUUUUCAUUAUGUAGAAAUAUUUAGAUGACAAAACCAAAUUUCAUGGUUCUUGAUUAGCCUGUGAGUACUCAAUCAAUCAUCAUGCUUUGCUGCUUAUCUGACUUUGGUCCGAUACUGUUAAUAGGCCAAAAAGAAUAUGGAAUUAAAGUGAAAAGAGUUGUAUAACUUUACAUAAUGUUUAUUAAGUGAUGUCUACCCAUCUAUAUUGUUCCCCCUAACCCCCAUAUAUGACAUAUUUGUGAUAUGGUACCUGAAAUAUAAUUAGUCUCUUACUCAAAAUCCGUUGUCUAGUUCAGCAGCAGUCGAACUGCAGCCUACAGGCAUACCCAUUCAUUUAGGUGUCGUCUGUGACCGCUUUCACCCUGUAGUGGCAGAAUUGAGUGAGUGAGAUAUUUUGGCCUGCAAACCUGAAAUAUUUACUCUCAGUCCUUUAAAGGAGAAAUUUGCCAAUCCCUGGUACAGUUGAUAAAAUCUUUGGAAAAAUAAACCUGGACAACACAACUUAUAUUUUAGUAUGGUAAUGUUGCUCUUGGUAAGCCAGCACAUUAAAUUUCAGUGAAAGCUGUUUAAUAUACUUUAAAUAUUGCCAUGUUAGAUUCUUACAACAAAUGGUGGGUUGUUUUUUUUUUUAUAUAUACUUUCACAUUGGAUUUCUUAAUAGUUAAUACCUCACCAUUUGUGUUUUUGUAUUUUGUUUUACUAAAUAGGACCAAAUGAGAUUUUGUAAAUCAGAUCAUGUUUAAACCACAAGGCACAUUUUGCUCUAUCUUGGAAGUGGAAAAUAUUGUGAAAUUUAAAGUUGUUUAUUUUUUAAAUAAACUUAUUUUUCAUAUAUAAAUCUUCCUUAAAGUGGACACAUGUUACUUCUGAAUUUCAGUUGAAAGGAAAUUAAGAUGAAGAACAAUCAACUCUGAUGGGUAUUUUAAGAUUUGUUUUAUUCUCAUUGAAAGCAAAUGAUAAUCAUGUCAGUAAACCUUUGUAAAACUUUUUCCUUUCACACCUUAAUAAAAUGUUUUAAAUAUUCAAGUA